AUGAUCCCCAACUCCAACGGCGCCCACACGACGGCGUCGUGGGUCGCGUUUGCCAAGGAGGACGGCACGCGGCUGGUCGGCGACGCCGCCAAAAACCAGGCGGCGUCCAACCCAGGCAACACCGUCAACGACGCGAAGCGGCUCAUCGGGCGCGCCUUCUCGGAGAGCGCCGUGCAGGCCGACGCGAAGCACCUCUCGUGCCGCGUGGAGGAGGGCCCGUCCGGCAAGCCGAUGAUCGCGGUCGAGGUUUGCGGUGAGAAGCGCUCGUUUGCGCCAGAGCAGAUCAGCGCCAUGGUGCUGGAGCAGCUCAAGGCGGACGCGGAGGCGUUCCUCGGGCAGGCCGUCAAGCGCGCCGUCAUCACCGUCCCCGCCCACUUCAACGACGCCCAGCGCCAGGCGACCAAGGACGCAGGCACCAUCGCUGGGCUCGACGUUCUGCGCAUCAUCAACGAGCCGACCGCCGCCGCGAUCGCGUAUGGCCUCGACAAGGCCAGGGGGGGCAAGGCGGAGCGCAACGGCGGCAUCUUCGAGGUCAAGGCGACGGGCGGCGACACGCGGCUGGGCGGGGAGGACUUCGACGCAGCCACGACCAAGUGGCUGGAGCAGCAGUUCCUCAAGUCGCACCCGGGCGUCGCGAUCGACGCGCGCGGCCGGCGGCGCCUCAUCGCCGCCGCGGAGAGGGCGAAGCGGCACCUCUCCUCGCAGACGACGGCCGAGGUCGAGAUCGAGGCCUUCUCGGACGGGCACGACCUCAAGGUGCCGCUGAGCCGCGCCAAGUUCGAGUCGAUCAACGCGGCCUUCUUCAGCUCGUGCAUCGACACCGUCAAGAAGGUGCUCAAGGACUCCGGACUCGCCAAGGAGGAGAUCGACGAGGUCGUGCUGGUCGGCGGCUCGACCCGAGUGCCAAAGAUCCGCUCGCUGCUCUCCGACUACUUCGGCGGCAAGCAGCUCUGCUCGUCCAUCAACCCCGACGAGGCGGUCGCGUACGGCGCGGCGGUGCAGGCGGGCGUCCUCUCGGGCGGCCUCGCGGCGGCGGGCGGUGCCCUCGCCAAGGCCUCGACCGGGCUCGUGCUGAUGGACGUGGUGCCGCUCUCGCUCGGCAUCGAGACGACGGGCAAGGUGAUGGCCACGAUCGUCAAGCGCAACACGCCCAUCCCGUGCCGCCGCGUCGACACCUUCACCACCGAGGAGGACGGGCAGACCGCCAUCGACGUCGCCAUCUUCGAGGGCGAGCGCGCCUCGACCGACGCCUGCUCAAAGCUGGGCGAGUUCACCAUCACCGGCAUCGAGCGCGCCAAGCGCGGCGAGCCGCAGAUCGAGGUCUCGAUGGACAUCGACGCGAACGGCAUCCUCUCCGUCUCGGCCAAGGACAAGACGACCGGCGCCAAGGCCUCGACCACCAUCGCCGCCACCGCGUCGCGCAACUCCAACGAGGACGUCGCGCGCAUGGUCGAGGAGGCGAGGGUGAACGCCGCCGCAGACAAGGUGCUGCGCGAGAAGGCAGAGGCCAAGCGCCUCCUCGAGGACGCCAUCUUUGACCCCCCACCCCGAGUCCGUGAACCGUGA